AUGGAGGAUGUGGCAUUGCUUGGGAACAAGAAGGAGAAGAAGAAGACGAAGAAGGACGCCAUCAUGCCGGAGAAGGCCGUCAAGAAAAGUCCCUCUCGCUCUCGGCGGUCACCGUCCUCCGAGCAAUCCCCGGGUCGCGGUUUACCUUCAAAGCGACGUGCCGCCUCACCCGCGACCAAGGCGAGGAGGUUGUCGCCUUCCAAGAGUCGCAGCUCGCCAAAGAAAAGCCGGUCGGCUUCCCCGUCCCCUGCCAAGGCCGCCGUUGCGAGCCCCUCCAGGCACCGACGUGCGGCCAGUUCCUCGUCCCCCAGGUUAUCCCGGUCUCCGCGAGCCACCCUCAGCAGCAGCAGGCCGUCUCCCAAAAGAGGAUUCGGGAGACUCUUCGGGGCGAGGCUCGACGCGGCAGUUCAGCGCGACCAGGAGCGCCGCAGCAAGCUCUACCAGUGGCUCAAGAGCCUGACGCAACGGAAAUCGACCCCUCCGGAGGUUGGCUCCCCACGACGGAGGCACCACGGCGCUACAAGUCCGGGCCACAGGUCUCCGCCCAGCUCUGGCAGCUUACCUCGCGGUCACAAAGGGGUCAACUGGGACCGGUUCCUGGUGGAGAUCGCGAAGCGCACGGCCGACCUCAGUCCGCGCACCGGCUCCAACCAGCAGCCCGUGGACAAGGCGGUCACCUACAUCAAGGCCUGCCUGUCCCCGCUCGAGCGAGACAACAUGCACGAGGUGCGCGGGGUCCUGGCCGCUGCUGGAAUCGCGUGGCCCCAGCAGGACCCGAAACCAGACUUCCUCUCCGCGAUGUUCCACAUGUCGCGGCACGUCUACCAGCCGGUGUUCCUGGCCGUAGACGUGGCCAACAUGGAAGUGCCGAAGACACUCAUGCUCUUGCUCGGAGGACAGUUCGCGUCGACGUACAACAAGAUCUCUCAGCACGUGACCACCAUCCACGCCAAGCAGCACUUCCGCGUCACCUACGAGAACCUGGCGCCCAUGAACGAGACUCGCCUGGACGAGCUGUUCAACCACUUCAUCGUCAUGAAGCGCUUCCUGGACAACCACACGCCCAUGACGGACGACGGCAAGAGCAGUGAGGACCCGGCGUCCUUCCUGCGAUGGACCCCGUCCGUUCCCGAGUCGCGCUGGGACGAGCAGACUCGACGCUUCCUCGGCAAUCCUCUGCGCGGCCUGGGCGGCUGCUUCGUCGAGCAAGUCGGCGCCUUCAAGGCGCUGUUCGAGCUACACGCGGCCUUCGGCGAGGAGAAGAUGGCCGACUUUGUGGGGUUCUUCGCAGUUCAGGCCCUGGUAAGCUUCAGCAACAACCGCCUGCUGGAGAGCUACUACGGCGCCUCGGACGUGGCUACCGAAGAGCAGCGCAAGGCUUGCGUCAUGACGGCCUACCAGACGUUCGCGUACGCCAUCGACAACUUCCUGGAGACGGGCACCAAGGGCGCCUUGACGGACGUGAACACGCUCGUCGGUUGGGUGGCCGCGGCCUUCGGGCGUCUCCUGAGAGCCGCGGACGAUUCGUCCUCGCUCAGGGGAAACCCGACGCCCGAGCCCCUGCACUCGUAUCUCAACCAGGCGUUCACCAUCAUGAAUUCCUCCAGGCGCGAAGUCACGCAUAGCAUCUACGCCAGCUUCCCUGAAAUGGUCAUCGAUGCUCCGCUGAGCAACAACAUCAACGUGUCGGCCUACAUGCAAGCCAGGCAGCAAACGGACUCCGGGUCCGGGCAGUCGGAACAGACCCUGUACGACGGCUACCGGGCAAUCGACGCGACCUUCUUCAACGGCUUCCGCGUCAACCCACAACUCCUGGCGUUCCCGUGGUACGAAGCGGACGCCCACGUCGGCAUCCUGUUGGGCGGCCUGGGAGCGAGGCUCGCCGCGGCAGUCUUCUACGACUACGUCGAGCGAACCAACGGCAGCAAUAGCACCUUCUACGCCGACAACCAGCGCUGCCUGACGUCCAACAACACGACGAGCGGUGGUGGUGCAGGUGACGUCGACACCGACCUCCAGGGAGCCGUAGCGGCUGCCGCGGUCGUCGCGGACGUCUACAAGGAGGUCGCGAGGAACGCCGACCGAGCUUGGACCGAACGGGAGCCCCCGUCGCCCUGGACGGGCGAGGGAGUGACGUUCGCGUUCUUCUGCUGGCUCAACUGCGGCGACGCCCAGCGCGGCCCGCUCAUGUGCAACACGCCCGCGAUGCACAGCCGGGACUUUGGGCGUGUCUUCGGAUGUCCCGCCGGAUCACGCAUGAACCCGGUCAAAAAGUGUCGCCUGAAGGUUUAG